CCGAUUCUGUGUCUCCCUCUCUCUCUGCCCCUCCCUCAUUCAUGCUCUUUCUCUCUCUGUCCCCAAAAUAAAUAAACAUUAAAAAAAAAAAAAAUUAAAAAAAAAAAAGUGUAGUAAUAAUGUGCAAGAUUGUGAGCACUAAUUAAAAUGGUGUAUAUAAAGCAUUUGGCACAGUAGCAUUUAGUGUUAUUAACAUUCUCUAAUUUUUUGAUUCUCUACUCAUGUUUUCACCUGAAUAUUUGAAUAUAAUACUUUUAGUAAGUACUUCAUAGCUUGCAGAGCAUUCUGCUAGGUGAAAAAUAGAAUCUUGGACUCCUAAGAUAAAAAUCAGCUUCCAUCCAACACCAGUCCUUGGCAGAUGGUCAUCCAGAUUCUGCUUGAAUAUGUCCUGAACUACAAAAAGGGAGAAAAUACAGACUUACCAUCCAGUGUUAAUUUUUGCUGUAUGCUCUUCCAGGCUUUUCCUAGGCAUUUACACAUUUUUUAAAAUACAAAAUUAGGUCAUUUUUCUAUGCUAUUUACUUUUAAUAAAAUCAUAAUAUUAGUUUCUUUUUCUCCUUGAUAAUUUUACCAGCCUGUAAUAUAGUCCUAAAAUAUGAUUUGUAUUGGCUAUGUACGAAUCCAUUCUGAGUUUAGAAUAAUUUAACCAAUUCCUAUUGUUUGUGCAUUCAUUUAUUAAACAAAUGUUUUGUAGAAUGCUUGCUAAAUGUCCAAUAGCAUUCACGAAAUUGAGCAUCAGUGUUGAACAGGACCUAAACCUGAUGCCUAAAUUAUUUGUUUUGUUUGUUUUUUCUUUUGUAUUUUGUUUCAUUGGUUGGUUUUAUGGAAACAUGUAAGGAAGAAAAGAAGAAAUCACCUGAAAUCCCACUAGUCUACAAUAGGACUGUUUUUUAGUGACCUUGCCUUUCAUCUCUUUCUGCAUGUAUAUACUUUUUUUUUUUUUUUUUUUUUUGGCUGCUCCAUAAUAUCAUGCAUUGGAAGUUUCCAUAGGGAAUCCUUUACAAAUCCUUAAGCAAUCACUUAGCUAAGGAUAGACCAGAGGCUACACGUGUUUUCGUUUUGGAUGAGUACUGCCUGCCCGAUCUCUAGAAAGGUUAUACCCAUUUGCACCUUUGUAUCUGAGGGUGCCCAUUUCCCUAAGUUCUUAGCAAGGCUAAUUUUUCCAGCUUUUGCCAGUUUGAUAUGCUCACACGAUAUGUAAAGGAACUAAAGCACUUCUUGACAUCUACCACAGUUAGAAAUCCAUCUCACAAGACCUUCUGCCCAUCCUUCCCUAAUGCUUAAGCCUUCCCAAAGAUUAUGCACAGCAUUUUGGUACUAAUAAAAGAGAUGUUACCACAGUAAUUUGAAAAAUGAAGCACUUCACUUCCUAGUAGGUGACCACAACAUUCUGACAUACAUCUUUGCUAAGCCCCUGCUAUUCACAGUAAUUCCCAAACUCUUAAUACAGACACAGUCACACCAUUCUUUCUAAUCAUUUCUUUUUUUCUAACCUUAACAUUUGACUGGAAGGUUGAUGAGAAUGGGACUAUGACCCUAAGCAGGGCUUACCUUAGGAUAACUAUACCUUUCAUUGGUGUGAUGUAAGGCUGUUGGAAAAACCAUAAUCCCAAUUUUACAAGUGAGUGAGAUACUCCGUUUAAGGAAAUUGCUGUGGUCAAACAGCUGGCGACCUGGGAUGUGAGUCUUGGUGAGUAGAGGUCAAGCCCAAUGUUCUCUCCUGUACCAACUAAUAUAAACCUAUUCAUAGUUAUAAAUUCAUUUAUUCAUUCAGUACAUAUUUAGUGAAAUUGUAUUAUAUAUAGGGAACUGCCCUAGAUAUUGAAUACUCAUGUGUGAAUCAGACAUAUAUUUUGUCCUCAAGGAGAUGAGAGGCUAUUUGACUCGACAUUUAUUGAGGACAUAAUAAUAUGCUAACUAUGUGCUAAAUAAUGAACAAAGGUUAGUAAGACAUGGUCCCCACUGUCAAAGAGUUAUAAUCUAGUAGAUACAUGUAUAUAAACUACAAAUAUAUAAAGUUAAAUAGUACUAUGAUGACUAUUCCAAGAAGCUUUCCUAAAAAGAGUGCAUGUGUGACUACCCAGGGUUUCUUUAGGUAUCAAAAACUAGCUAGCUGGUAGUUCCAUCUGUGUGCAUCAUGGUGAUUUUGAAAUCAAGUAAUAGAAAAUCCUCAUCAAGGGAAACUCAUAUGACUAGAAGUCCAGAGUUAGGGCAAGCUCUAGAUGAAACAAUAUCAUAGGUUCAAUGAUACCAUCCAAGACUCAAGUAUUUUCAUCUCAGAGCUUCCAGGACUGACAAAAUCAUGUGCUUUCUUAUUCAAGUCCAGCAGAAGAAAGAAGCCAUUCCCAAGGCAUGAUUUUUUUUUUUUUAAGUCCGAGCCAAGUUAGGUUAUGUGCAUUUUUAUAGACUAAUAAUAGUUGCCAACAGAAUGCCUUAUGCUGAUCGACUUAAACAGGAUCCCUGCCCCACUCCCGCCCAUGGAUUCAUGUAUAAUAAUUAGAUAUCAGCACAAAACUGGAAUUCUGUAACAAGGAGGAAGUGGUAAGUGGAUUUUGAGUAGGCAACCAAUUUUCCACUAAACCAUCUUGUUCACUUAACCGAGUCAUUCUGAAUGGUCAAAUUGAGUUUGAAGGAGCAUUUCCUCUCAUAGUUUACUCAAAUUUUUGACAGAAAAGUAUUAGUAGAACACAAUAAGUUGUGUAAUGUUCAGUUUUCAUAGAAUAAAAGAAUCAGCAGAUGUUCAGAGAACUUUCCUGAAAAGUAGUCCUUAUGGAGAUCUUAAGGGAGAUCUGAAUCUAAAAGCAUUCAACUGCAGGUACCAAAACACCUAACUAAGCGCUUAAGCAGUAAGUGCAGUUUACUUCCUGUCAUGAAGUCUGGAGGUUGAAAGUUCCAGAUUUGAGAUAGUGGCUCAGUCAUACUUUUGAGAACUGGUUUAUUCUAUCUUUCAGCUCUUUGUCCUCAUCCUUAAGUAUAUCAUAUCUCAUGGCUAUCAUAUCUCAUGGUAGCUCCAAGCAUUACAUCACUGCACAAGUAUAUUCAAGCCAGGAUAAAAGGUAGCAGGACUUCUUACUGUCUGUCAGGAAGUAUACUUUUCCCCCAGAAGCUCCUACAUGCUCUUCCUUUUAUAUCCCAUUUGUCACAUGCCUACACGUAAACCAGUUGCCAUCAAGGGGAAUGGGAUAUCGUCCUUGGCUUUGACCAGUCUUAUUUCAAGCCCUGGCAAGUGGGAGAGAAGCCCACCUUUCUUUAACAUAUUGCCCAAGCAAGAGCACAGUUCCAUAAACUAAGGAAAAAUGGGGAAUGGCUAUCGGAUAGACAAUCGGUGGUGUCUGCCCAAGGUCGCGUUGGCAGUGUGUGUCUAAAGCCUACACCAUGCCUGUGUUCUGUUUUAAUAUAUAUUAGGAAAAUGUUAAUUUCAAGCUCAGUGUUUUUCAAACUGUAUGUGGUUUAAUAUUUUCCAAUUAACAACCACUACUAAGGAGAUGGAGGUGGGUGGCAAUACACUUAAAAAACCCAUACAUUAUGCAAGCCCAAAGUUUUUAUUGAAUUUAAUGGCCAUUUUCUCUGUCAAAUUGCUAUAAAAAUGUCUAAAUUCUCUCUGUUUCUGCCCUUAUGUCAUCAUGGGACAGUAACCGUUCACACACCAGCCAUGGUUCACUGCCACACUGGGAGGGACAGUUUAGCCAGCUGACUUCAUAAUCUGGCCCCAGCCUGCCUCUCCCACCUCGUGUUCUGCUGUUCCUUUUGAUUCACCUAAAGCAGGCUAUACUCUGUUACCAGAAUAUGCCAUGUAUUUUUGUUUUACUUCUGGACUUGACUUCACAUUCUGUUCUCCCUUCCCGGAAUGCCCUCCCCUAGUUGGGGAACACCUAGUCAUCUUUUUAGACCAGCUUAAAUGUCACCUUCCCUGUGAUGUUUUUUCUGAAUCCUUUCUCCCCAAUCCUUUGGGUUUCCUUUGAACCCCAAAUACACUUAUUUUAUUGGAUUGCAGUUAUUUCUGGGUCACUCUUCCUCAUCAUACCAAAAGUUCCCUGAAGGUGACAAUUGUCUUGCUCAUCUUUAUAUCCCCUGUGCUUGGUGUACAUACUUUGCCCUAAAUAAAUGCUUAUGGGAUUGAAUCAAUACCAUAAAUGAUGUGACUUCUGUUUGUUUCCUUUUAUUCUCCCCCAAUAUUUUCUUCUGUGCUUCUACCCGCAUAUUUAUGGAUUUCCUUAUAAGAACAUACCAUUUUGACACAAAAUGUUUUCCCUCUUCAGUCAUAUGGAUUUAAAAACAAACAAGACACAACUUUGCAUUGUCGUAUUCCCAUCAUAGGUUCCGUCCUUCAGCCAACAAUAUCACUAUCGUGACAGCCUCUGGGGCUUAUGUACCAGUGAGGCCACACCACCAGCAGUAUGCUCAAAUCCCCCAUAGCAUAUAAAUUCCCAAACGUACUUGGCAAGGUGGGACAACACAGAGAACAUACAACUCAAAUGACCUGCCCUGUAGUUCACAUGCUAGCUCUUUGACCUUCCUUAACCUCUCGGAGUUUGUUUCUUCCAUUUAAAAAAGAAAGGUGUCAUGGCAUGACAUGAGGAAACAAUGACUGCUUGAUAGAUGGUAGCAUCCUCUGCUCAGAUGAGCACGUAUGUGGACUGACAAGGCAGGCUGAGAAUAACAGUCAGUGGGUCCUUCUGUCCCUUUAAAGGGUCAGGGCCAGCCCAUCGGUCAGGCAUGCCGAGAAAGACGACCUGCUUUGAAAUGUUAUCUUGGGCAGGGCCCUGGUUGCUUCUUCUUUCCUGCUUCUGAUUUCCUGGCUCAUAGCUGGCAGGGACGGCAGCCCUGGCAGCUCUGGGUGCGUGACUAAGGUGGAGGGAUGAGCAGCUGCUGCUUGCCGAAGUCAGUGGUUGGUUGGGAGGCAGGCAGGUGACAUAAAAGCAGCGUAUGGAAAUCCCCACACUCUGCUGCUCAAAUGACAUCCAAGUCAUCGCUGAGAGGAGGACUGGGGCAGGGCCUUUCCUUCUCCAGGCACUCUCUAGCUCUUUUCCUUUACCACUGAUUUCCCCCCUCAACUUUAGAAAGAAGGGAGUAAGGUACACAUUUGUUGGUCAAGCGAUUUUAAUUAAAAAAAAAAAAAGAAAGAAAAGAAAAAACGGGCUUCCUUUAACAUGCCAUGCAUUUUCACAACUCCACGGCUCUACCUCUGCUGUUCUAACCUCUAGAGAUGCUCUUCUCCCUCUACCUACCUGGUUAACUCAAUGCCUGUGCCUCAAACCCAGCAUUAGCUCGUAUGUAUUCCUUCCUGUACCCAAUGUUUCCUUCUAGGCAGCCACCUCUCUUUAAACUUAACUCAGUUAUUGUGCCCAACACUGAAUUGCUGUUGUUUUUUCAAGUGUCUUUCUCUUGAUUGAGUGAAAGCUCUUAGGAAUCUGAUUCUCUGAGUGCUUGGCUCAUAGCAGGCGCCCAGUAAAUAUUUGUUGAGCUAAAAAGUUCCACUCCUCAGCAUAUUUGACAAUUUCUAAUUUCUCACUAAUUUUGGUUUGGUUAUCAGCAGUAUAAUAAAAGUCCCUGGGGAUUGAGCACUCAAGUAGUUUUGGAAAGUUACUGGGUACCACACCCCCCAAAGUGUCUCAAGGGCAAUAGAAUGAUAAUAAAUACUAAGUAGCAGCAAGGGAAAAAAUCAAGGAGUCAUUUGGAAGCCAGAGGGACAUGUCUUAAUGUUUGCAUACUCCAGAUUUAUUUUUUGGGGACCCCAAAUAGACCCCAGGUUCAUCCAGAAGUUCCUUGGAUGUCAUCAGACUUCUGGCGGGUGGGGGAGGGUGCAUGUGGGAUUGGGAGUCAUGGAUCUAGUCUAUUUCUACUUGCUGUGCAAACUGCUUGGCGCACAGCGCUGAGUCUGACUUGGGAUCAGAUCCUGGCUGGACCACUUACUGCCUAUGGAACUUGUUACUUAGGUGAGCCUCAGUUUUUUUUAGAUCUAGAAGGAAGAUAAUAUUUAUUUGGAGGGGUUGUAUGAUGACUAAAUAGUAUCUAUGUAAAGUAACUAAUUGAGGUCCAGCACCGGGUAGCCUGUUUAAUGGGUGGUAGUUAUUAUAAUUUGCAAAUAAUGGGUAGGGUGAUGAUCUGAGCACUGUAGUACCAUUGUAUUAACUAUGCCUAAAUCCAGAUAUAUGCAGGAGAAAGUCAGCUUAGAAUUCAAAGAACUGCUUUUUCGUAGCCAUUUUUGUUUAAUGGGUGUCAAAUAAAUGCCUAGAGAUGUUUAUACUGUGACUUAAUAAAGACUUCUGAGGGGUUUUCCAGUUCUCACUGUUAGGAUUUUUUCUUAUAAUAGUCCCCUACUUUCCUACUUGGCUAUGCCCUCCCAGCUCAGGAGAGCCCCUAGCCCUCCCCACCGGAGCUCUGAGCAGUACCCAGCCUGCCUGCCGGUACUGUGGUAAAUUCUCUGCUCACUUUUCCUUUGUUCUCCCCAGCCUGCCUCACUUGCCCAGAGGUCUUGUCCUCUGGGGAGAUAUGUUAAGUGCUCUGCCAGCCUGCCUGUGUGCCUGGCCUGUUUUUUCUCACUGCCAGUACCUCUUGGAUUCCAAUUCCAAACAUGGUAUCCAUCUGGGGUCACCCUUUCUUCCGGUGCCAAGACAGACGCAUUCCAAAUGGAACACAAGUGUGCCUCCCGUGCUGGGCUCUCCUCAUUCUGACUAGGGACAACAGAGAGCAGGAUGUGGCCACUUUAUCCCUCACCGCUAAAGUUUUCGAUCCCAUAGUCCUAUCUUUACCUCGGGACAAUUUAGAUUUUUCUGCUAAGAGCCAAAUGUGAAGUCUGCUCUAAGAAACCUAGAGCCCAGGAAUCUUGCCAGAGCUCUGCAAAGAAGGCCAGAACCUUGCUGAAGGAAAACGAGAGGGAAAAAAGUUUUAAAAUUCUCCAUGAAGUAUACUAUGUUCUGCCAUUUAUUCCCAAGGCUACUGGAAGCAUUCCUCUCAGGAAAGGCAGAGUUGGCGGUGAGAAGCCGGACCUGAGAAGACUCUGGGAAGACAGAUUAGUUCAUUUUUUGAAUUCCCUAUGUGAGGACAGUCUUCAAGCCCAGCAAGGCUUUAAGACGCCCUGAAGAUGAGCGCUAACAGCAGCACAAUGCGCCAGCUUCUCUGGCAGGACCCAGUGUGCAGUGGCUGGAAGCAGGAUCUGGAAGGGGCUGUCUACCAUCUGGCCAACUGCUUCUUGCUCCUGGGCUUCAUGGGGGGCAGUGGGGUGUAUGGAUGCUUCUACCUCUUUGGCUUCCUGGGCACAGGCUAUGUGUGCUGCGUGAUGUGGGGCUGGUUUGAUGCCUGCGGCCUGGACAUCAUCCUCUGGAGCUUCCUGCUGGCAACGGCCUGCCUGUUCCAGCUGGCACACCUGGUCUACCGCCUGCGUAAAAACACCCUCCCCGAGGAGUUCGAUCUCCUCUACAAGACGCUGUGCCUACCCUUGCAGGUGCCUCUGCAGGUGUACAAGGAGAUUGUUCACUGCUGUGAGGAGCAGGUCUUCACUCUGGCCACUGAGCAGACUUACGCUGUGGAGGGUGAGACACCCAUCAACCGCUUGUCCCUGCUACUCUCUGGCCGGGUUCGUGUGAGCCAGGAUGGGCAAUUUCUGCACUACAUCUUUCCUUACCAGUUCAUGGACUCUCCUGAGUGGGAAUCGCUGCAGCCCUCCGAGGAGGGGGUGUUCCAGGUCACUCUGACUGCUGAGACUGCAUGUAGCUACAUCUCCUGGCCCCGGAAAAGUCUCCACCUUCUUUUGUCCAAAGAGCGAUACAUUUCCCGCCUCUUCUCAGCCCUGCUGGGCUAUGACAUCUCUGAGAAGCUCUACGCUCUCAACGAUAAGCUCUUUGCCAAGUUUGGGCUGCGUUUCGACAUCCGUCUCCCCAGCCUGUACCAUGUCCUGGGUCCUGCUGCUCCAGAUAUAGGGCCAGAGUCUGAGAAGGAUGAUGAGGAAGUCCGUGAGUCAGCCAUGCCCACAUCUGCCCAGCAAACACCCCCUCACUCUCCUCUUCCAGCUGCCAGUGGCCCUCCAGCACCUCCCUCCCGGGCCAGGAUGUCCAGGCCGGACAGCGGCGUGCUGGGUGAGGACUCCGCCAGUCUGGUGCUGGAGGAUUUUGAGGAGGUGUCGGGAUCAGAAUCGUUCAUGGAUUAUAGGAGUGAUGGGGAGUACAUGAGGUGAGGGAGAGCUAACACGGGCACAACCACCCGGCUCAGGAUCCUGUCUUCUAGAACUCCUCUCCACAGCUACUCUCAAGUUAUGUCCAGGGGACAGGCCCCCUUGGCUCCAACCCACACUCCUGAACUUUAAGGAUCAACAAGCUAUCUUUUUCUCUGGCCGCACUAAUCUUCACAGGAAGGUCACUUGAGUGCACACCGCGUCUCACCCCCUGGAAGGCUCACAGGCAAGGUCAGAGCAGACACAGAAGACGUCGCCCCGCUGCUAACAUCAAGGGCUCCAGGCGACUUGUGCAAAUUUACCCUCACCAGCCUUCCUUCCAGGAAAAGGCACCCAAAAGUGUGAAAGCACCGAUCCCAUCCUUCACUAACUGCAGAAUCUUGGGCAAGUUACAUAGGCUCUCUGAGCCUCAUCUGUAGAGUGGGGAUUCACAAAACCCAUCUCCCAGGGUUGUGGUGAGCACUGAAUGAGCUGACUUAGGUAGAGCCCCUCAGACAUGUACAUGGCAUGACACCUAGUAAGCACUCCAUAAAUCACUCAGUUUUUUUCCCUUGUUGUUUUUCUGAACUGUUAAAAGGGUCACUGAAGUCAGCUAGCCAAGAAGUUUUCAUGGUUUACUUGUUUGUUUUUCCAGUUAGAUUCAAUUUAUAGAAGUAGAAAUUUUUAAAAACCUAGUUUUCCCUUAAGCUUUUAAGUUCAACUUACAAAUCUCUUGUUCUGUUUAGGACCCUAGUAUUAAACAAUAGUUUUCAGAGGGACUUUAAAAAACUUAGUUAAUUAAAUUUCCUUUCAUAGUUUUAAGUGGGUUUAUAAAUUUAAUAUAUUCUAUUUUACUUUUCCCUAAAUACUUCAACAUAUAUUCUGGUUAUCUAUUGUCCUGUAACAUUCAUACCUAAAACAGUGACUUUUUUUAAUGAAUAUAAUUUAUUGUCAAAUUGGCUUAUGUACAACACCCAGUGCUGAUCCCAAGUGCCCUCAUCAAUGCCCAUCACCCA